GCUCAACAGGUUACUGCUGCCCUGCUGUUCUCAGCGCCUGGAAUCUAGGUGCGGCCUUCUCCUCCCUAGGAGUUUGCUGACUACAAAGUGCCAGGCUUACUCACUGGCCCAGGGCAGCCUAGAGGGAAUCUCUUGGAAGGAACCUUUUGUGCCUCUCUCAUCAGGCUCCUUCACCCAACUUCUCCAGAAAGGUCUGCCUGCACAAAAUGGUCCGGUGCGGUCUGGCCUGCUGGAGGUGCCGAUGGCUCCUGCCCCUUCUCUUGGGUUUAGCCAUCAUCUUGGGCAUCAUUGCCUUGGCUGGUAGGGGGUGGCUGGAGUCGGCCGAAGCGCCUUAUGUGCGCCAAGCAUCGCUAUGGUGGGACUGCUUCAAAGCAAAUCCUGGUGACCUCAACUGGGCAUGCAACUCCCUCAUGGAUUACAGUUGGGGUAAAGCUGCAGCUGCGACAUACCUAGUUGGCUUUUGCAUCCUGUGUAUCUGCUUCUGCCUCGCAGUCAUUGCAUUUUCCAUUGAAGUACUGCGGUGGAACUUUGUUCGAGGAAUCGGGGGUUUGCUGUUUGUUGUUGCUGCUUUCCAGAUCCUAGGCUUGGUCAUCUACCCAGUGAUGUACACAGAAGACAUUCCUCUGACGGGAAGCAACAUGUUCAGUUGGGCCUAUGGCUUUGGCUGGGCAAGUACCGUGAUGGUGAUCGGCUGCGCAUUCUUCUUCUGCUGCCUGCCUAACUGGGAAGACGAAGUUCUGGGCAAUAUAAAACCCUAUGGGUACAAUGAUGUGGAGCGUAUGUGAUCUGGGGAUGGUAGAACAUUGUUUUUAAUAUUAUUUCUGCUUUGUAGCAGGAAACCUGUGAUUGUAUUUGCCAUUUUCUCAUUUUGUUCUAAUAACCAAACCACAAAAACACUAAGAGCUUCUGUGGCAUCUUGAAAGCUAGCAAAUAUUAUUAUGGCAUUAGUUUUCAUGGAUCAAAGCCUAUUUCACAGUCCCUGAAAAUGUAUGCCAGAAUAAAAUUCUGUAGGUUUUACCUUACCAUGGCUCUUCAUUGUUGUUUCUGUAACAUACUAGCAUAUUAGUUAUGUACCUGGAAAUGAUAGCAAAUUCCACAGACACGUUUUAGACACAUACCCAUUUUCAGAUUCACAGCAGUUCAAUUAGAGGGGAAAGAAUUGCAUUCUGUAUUUUCACCAUGAUACACUUUCUUUUGUAUUUCCCUUUCAAUAAAGAUGGCUUUUUCUAGGAAAUUAUAUUGCUGGUGUAGUUCAUUCUUAUAAUGGUAGUCUUACUGAUUUAAUUGAUUGAUAAAGAGUAAUUUGGAACCUUUUCCCCUAACAAUACACCAGCACAACUUUUAAUUUCAUUUUAGAUCAGGGGUCCCCAAACUAAGGCCCGGGGGGGGGCCCUCUGAGGUCAUUUACCUGGCCCCCGCCCUCAGUUUUAUAAUAUAAUAUAUUGUAUAUACAUAUAAUAUUGAUAAUAAUAUUAUAAUGUAAUACAAUAUAACACUAAUAAUAAUCUAUAUAUAUAAAAGAGUGAUGGCAUCAGGGCAGCGGACAAAACAACAAAACUACAGGCCCCCAAACCUCGAAAUUUGACAACACAACCCAUCAUCCGCGCCUCUAGGUUGAUACAACAAAACGAAAAGAAAAAUAAAGUCCUAAUUAGAGGGAGAGGAAUAAUUGUUUUUAUCCCAUUGCUGCCAGUUAGAAGGCUAAGCUCCGCCCACUUGGUCUCCUAGCAACCGACUCGGCCCAGGAGACAGGCAGAGUUAGGCUUCACUUAGGCCUUUUCCACAGAUUAUCUAAUUUGCACUGGAUUAUAUGGCAGUGUAGACUCAAGGUCUUUCCACACAGCUAUAUAACCCAUUUAGAAUCUUAUAUUAUCUGCUUUGAACUGGAUUAUCUUGACUCCACACUGCCAUAUAAUCCAGCCUUCCAAGCAGCAAGCCUAUUCCUUUGUAUUCCAGCUCAUCAAACAAGGCACACACACAACAACAACAAUCCUAAUUAACUUGACUAUCUCAUUGGCCAAAAGCAGGCCCACACUUCCCAUUGAAAUCCUGAUCAAUGUAUGUUGGUUAAAAUUGUUUUUAUUUUUAAAUAUUGUAUUGUUCUUUCAUUUUUCUUAUUGUUGUUGUUGUUGUUGUUGUUGUUGUUGUUGUUGUUGUUGUUUUUGCACUACAAAUAAGACAUGUGCAGUGUGCAUCGGAAUUUAUUUGUUUGUUUUUUUCAAAUGAUAAUCCGGCCCCUCAAUAGUCUGAAGGAUUGUGGACCGGCCCUCGGCUUAAAAAAUUUGGGGACCCCUGUUUUAGAUCUAUAGCUCAGGAAGCUUGUACAGUAACAUCAAUCUGAAGUAGGAUUUUAAGAUGAUUGAUUCUAGCUAUAACAAAAUAACGAAUAUGAAAAGGCUUCAGAAAAAGCUCAGAAUAAAUGUAUAUACAUGUAACAUGCAAUUUGCUUUCUAUCCAUGCACAUAUACUGUCUGCCUUUUUCAAAAGUGUGGCUUCUGCUAAAGUACUGCUUGUAGCAAUAUAGUCAAAAUAAAUACUACACUCAAUGAGUUACUGAUAGUUCUCAAGUAAAUUUAAAAAUGAGGAUUACAGUAUUUACUGUGCAGGAAAAGUACUGUACAAUACAAAUUGGCUUCCUAUAUGUCUUUGACACAAAUUAAUUUUACUUAUAAUUGGGUAGCAGCCAUAUAUUUCUAAAUAGUGCAUCUAUCCAACAUGUUUCAAAGGUAAGAGAUUUUAAAUUGUGGCUGGAAAUAACCUCAUUGAUGUUCCUAUAACACAGUGGUUCUCAACCCGUGAGUCCCCAGGUGUUUUGACCUACAAUCCCAUCCAGUUUGCCAGCUGUUAGGGCUUCUGGGACUUGAAGGCAAAAACAUCUGGGGAAGCACUGCUAUUACACUUUCCCCAAUAUGUGGCAUAAUUGUAUCCUUACCUGAUUGAUGUCAGCAGGAAAACAUUUUGGAAGAAACCCUUUUCAAGCAAUCUGUUUUUCUUUGACACCAAAGGAGUAACGUGUGUAAAAAAAUAUUUCCCAUGCCCCUUCUUCCAUGUAGCAGAAAAAUCAUAAUAUAAUUUGAGUUCCUCUCUGGUAUGAGAACACUGUAUUUCCCAUGUAUCUAAUCAUCGAAUUUAUCUAUAAAAUGAUUUUACAAGAUAGUCAUAUUAGUUGCUUAAGUACAUGAUGCAAUUUUGUACAGUAAAUUAUUCAGCAGUUGCAUAGUUUUUUAACUGCUGGCACCAUCCAUCCAAUUAAUGACUUUUACAGUCAUUACAGUCAUUCAAGGUUUAUCUACUCAGGAGUAAAAUUCAUCUUUACUCCCAGGUAAGAAUGUAUAGGAUUGCAAUUUUAAGUCUUAUUGAAUUCAAUAGAAGAGUUGAGUAUUUACUUUUAAAAGUUUUAUUUUGAAAAUGAUGGGAUUUAAAACUGCAACUUUGGCUAGCAUUUGCUGUCUAAUUUCCUUUUUCGUGGCUAAUGAAAUGUACCAUAUACUGCAUUUAGAAUAUGAGUAUUUUUAGGUCUCAGAUUCUAAAUAUUACCAGUAGUGCCAGAUAGGAUUUUAUUUUUUUUAAACCCAGCAUUCAACAUAGUAUGUCUUGAAACCUUGUCUGGAAUAUCUCCUGUCGGCAUUUGCAUGCCCUCCAGCAUGAUUCUAUCGCCAAUUUUUGAAGGAGGUUCACAGUACUUCACUUUCACAGGGUUCCAGUGCCUUUAAUCCUCAUGAAAUGGAGGGCCUGGAGUAGUUUCGUUUAUAUUAAAACAGAAAACAUAAGUGUUGUCGAAAACAUAAGAUUCAAAACAUACAUUUACAAUGAUAAUCAUUUGAAUAAAACACGUCAAAAAGAGGAUUGGCAUGUCAAAUAUGUGUUUUUGUUAUAUACCUUGUAAUGGGAAAUCUUUUAUAUUUGCUGAAAUGUUGUAUAGAGAAAUUUCUAAUCUCAGAGAUGGCUUUUGUAUGUGUUUAUUUUUGUUCUAAAUAAUCCAUCCAUGGUUGAAUAAACCUACUAAUAAAGAUUGGUCAAGCCAUAUAAGUUCUUGUCAUA